UUCUCGUGCCCCGACCCACACGCUCUUCAUUUCUUGUUGCGGUAGGUGUCCUGUCAGUAAGAAAUCUAUAAUCUCAAUCCAAGGAGGGCCUGAGCCGCACCCCAUGCUCUGCUCCCACGGCGACUCGCUCCGGCGCCGCCGCACCUGAUCUCCCAGCUCCGGCCGCCUCCAGCCCAGCCGGCUGUGGAUCCGAGCUCUCCUCCACGCGCUCUCUCCAUUCAUCCCACCAGGAGUUCCUCUCGUCGCGCGGGCUGGGAUAUCAGGGAACGCCUCCCUGCUGCCAUAGACGUCUGCUCCGGCGCCGGCGCCGACUGUUACGCUGCCCCAACCUUCCCCUCCUGGCCCCUCUUGGUCGCAAUGUGAGUGCAGUGACGGCGCCGUAGCCUCGCAAGAGGCUCGCCGGGUGGUUCGGCAGCAGGAGGCAACGGCGAGGGACACUGGUGCCGCUGCCCCAUCUCUGCGUCGCCACCACCACCAUCCUCCGCGACGCCAGCUGCAGGUGUUCCUGUCCCGCGUCGUACAGCUGUCGGCCGGCCUAUGCGCCGGUGAUUCCUUCUUGCCGCUGCCUCCGUCGUCUUCCCCGGCCGGCAUGUAAGGCAUGGUCAUGCUGCCCCCUUCAACCUGUGACCCUACGGGGUCCCAAACGGAAGGCCGCUCUUCCGACGACUCAUCCUCCCGCCGUGUGCCGCCGCCGCCGCCGUCACUACAGUCCAAGUCACCGGCAGAGCGUAUCAUUGCUUUCAAAGCGUGGGCUCGUGGCAGAUGCUAUCGCUGUCUUGCCCGCGAUCAUCAAGUUAACUCCUGCCAAGAUGCUUUUCGUUGCAUCCGCUGUCGUCGCCCUAGACAUCGGGAGCGACAUUGCCGCCUCCGGUCUCCCUCGGUCGCCCCAUGCUCUCGCACCCCUGAUGUCCAACCUCACAAUCCACAACAAGCUCGAAGCUGGGCGGAUGUCGUUGCUGCAUCACCAUCAGGUGGGCAUCAUGAUCAGCUACCAGCUUCAACUAAUCCCCAUGCUAGGUGCGGCAUGGAUGCCAACCCAUGUAUUAAAUGCGGCUGUCGUUGUCAUGCUGGUUUGCCCACCUCGGAUCUUCCAUCCAUAUUUGGGCCUGUGAUGGAGUCGCUUCGUUCAGACCUCAAAGAGUUCCUCACAUCUCGACUCGAGGAAGUACUGAGUCCACUCAAGGUUGAGGCCUCUACCAUCAAAUUGUGGCUAGCGCGGGUGGCUAACUACUUGGAACGUGUGGAGCCAUCUAGUGAAGACCCUCAUGCUGCUGACUUGGUUGGUCUGUUUGGUCCUUGCUCCCCGGUUCAUCGAUCUCCAACUCCAUCCUUCUUCAAUUCAUUUGCGGCUGCUUGCAUGUCUACACGAGACUCCAUGCCAGAUGAGAAGUCGGUGUCCAUAGAGAACCGAGCCACUCGUGUGCUUUUGGAUGCCAAUGGGUUGGAGGUGACCACUACUGGAGAUGUGGGACACUCACCCUCUAAGGAUUUUGGAAUUCCCAUCGCCAAUGAGAUGGUUCUGGAACACACAACAACUCCCACUUUGCAAGUUCAAGCUCCUGAGUUUCAAUCAACAACAACAGAUACCACGACUCUCCCAUUUCAUGAGCCGGCAGAAGGAAUUUCCAAUCUCGCUGUCGGGACAAUGCCUUUGGCCACGAUCCCUUUGGAAUGUGAGAAGCAUGAGGUGGUUCCGUUGGACCUUCCUGUAGAGCAAAUGUCCAUACAAGGUGGCACCUCUAUUGAGGAUGUUGUGGUGGUGGAAGAUGCAUCUGAUGAUGAGGAAACAACCUCGGAUGUGGGUACGGCGAUUGAGGACCCCAUUGUCCUCCUCCUUGAUGCGGAUGAUUGCACCCAGCCUACAGUUGAGAUCAAGGUGGAAGUGCCCGUACAGGUGCAUAACAUUUCAAUGGACACAACUUCCAUGACAGAUGUUACUGCUAUGAAGUUUGAGGAGCUUGCUUGCACUCGUACAGAACCCCCAUCAAUAGUGACACUGUUGGCGACAUCAACAGCAAGACGUAGGUGCAAGCACUAUGACAAAUCGUCAGUUCGUCGAAGUGUUCGCCUCGCCCAGCGCAAGGCGUUAAAAGACUUGGGGAUCAUUGCGAAUGAUGGGAAGCUUAACGAGGAUGCCAUUCAAGAUUGUGCAGACAUACUCAAGGAGUUGCCACCAGACCUUCUCAAGUCUUUAGCGAAUCUAAAAAGUAAAGACUUCUGGGAUGUUGUGGCGGGGCUUACUUUGCCUCCUGUGGCUAUCUUGAGAACUAUACUAGUGACUACACCCUACAGGUGUUGGUAGGUUAUUGCGCUGUGUACAUCUUCAUGCAGACCUUCAUGAUCCCAGGGACAAUAUUCAUGUCACUGCUUGCGGGUGCUCUAUUUGGGCAACUCCGGGGCGUGGCCCUGGUGGUCUUUGCUGCCACUGCUGGUGCUUCUUCAUGCUAUUUCCUCUCGAAGAUGAUUGGGAAGCCACUGGUGUUCU